AUGGUCGACCCGAUUACCAUCACCUACUCGGUGGUCAACAUCACCACCUGCGUGCUCACCACCGCCAAGUCCCUCAGCGACCUGCGCGACAAGUUCAACAAUGCCUCCAACACCAUCACCGCCAUCUGCGCCGAGUCCUCGUCCAUCAGCGCCUCCCUCUCGCAGAUCCAGGGUCUCCUGCUGCGCGACGCCACCGCCCACUCCCUCGACUCGCACUUCGCCAACCGCCCCGAGCUGCGCGACACGUUUGACACCGCCCUGACCGGCUGCACCAUUGUCUACGCAUGCCUGGACGAGGAGAUACACCGCCUGUCCGCCGGCGCCCGCGAUGCCGACGCCAUGACCUGGAAGGUGCGCUGCCGCUUCAUCUGGCGCGAAGACACGAUGCGCGACCUGCUGUCGCAGCUGCGCGGCCAGCAGAUGGCCCUCAACCUGCUCGUGCAGAUGCUGCAGCUCGAGUCGCUGCAGGAGCUCAAGCAGCUCGUCCGCGACAACAACCAGAUCAUCUCGCGCCUCGCCCAGCGCUCGCGCUCGCUGCGGGACACGCAUCCGCGCAUCCGCGUUGCCGACUCCGUCUUUUCCUCCCACCGCGAUAGGCUCGUGAGCCGCGCCCCCUCCAUGGCCGCCUCGACCAUCGAUCAGACCGAGUUCGACUUCGAUGAUGCCGUCGUCAACUCGAAGGCGUAUAGGCGGGCCUUGGCUGCUGCCCAGCAGCGCCCGGCCAAGAGUCGGACGGUUUCGGAGCCGGUCGAGGCCGCUGCUGACACGGAUCCAGAUGUCGAGACCUUGAGGAUUGAGGGUAGCAAGCAGGAGACCAACGAGGAUAGCCCGGAUUCCGAAGAGGACGUGACAAAGGAAAAGGACAUUGAGAAAAGCUUCACAUCGACGACGACGACCACGCCGACAGGACACGCCGUCCUGGCCGAGAGUCCGCAUCUGUCGGAGAGGAAAGGGAGCAUAGGGACCAUUUCUACCCGCCCUCAGGCUUGCAUCGAAAGAAAGCCUAGCGAGGAUAGCACCUCUCUGGGUAGCCCACGUCCGCCUGUUGUGAAGGGAGCCCAGCCUGGAUCCGUCCCACCCGCCCCUUGGGAAUCUCCCCGCGCCAAUCUUCCUCGGGUCCAGAGAAAGCCGCUACCCUCUGGCCGCCACGUCUUGAUGCCUUCAGCCUCCAUGUCGACAUUGGCUACAAUCCCCACGGCUUCUCAAGAGAACAUAGCUACCAUCUCACGUGUCUCGACUGCAACAACAGAAACACCUUCCAUCUUCUCGACCGGCUCCAACCCUGCCACCAAUUCCAGCAUCUCCCUCCCAGACACCAUCGACUCCGCUUCCGAGCCCGAAGAUGAUGACGACAAUGAUGCCGACACCCUAGUCGAAGGCCUAUGCUCUCCCUCAUCCACUUUCCUCCCUACCACCACUACCACCGAACCCACUGCCGCCGAACUCCAAUCCAUCCGCCAACAACUUAGCACCUCCGAAACCGUCUACCUCAACAAACUCACCAUCCUCCGCACCUUCAUCGAGGAGCCCAUCGCCCGCCGCUGGCCCUCCGCCUGGCACACCUCCUUCAUCGCCCUCCACCGAACCACCAAAAUGUGCCACGCCAGCACCCAAUACAUCCUCGACCCCCUCAAGCACGCCGCCGCCGCCGCCGCCGCAGGCGCCACCACCAAUCCCAUCGUUCCCCCCUCCUUCCUCGCCCAACUCCUCCGUCGCUGGCUCCGCGCCGCCGGCCCCACCUACCUAACCUACUUCCACCAACACCCACACACCGCCUCCGCCAUCCGCGCCCACUGCGAGGGCACCCUCGCCCUCCCCAGCAGCAGCAGCAGCAGCAGCAACAGCACCAGCACCAGCAGCGCCACCGACGACUCCCCCGCCGCCUUCGCCCGCUUCGUCGACACCUUCGCCAAGACGCACAGCCUCGACGACCUCCUCGCCCAGCCCCUCCGCCGGCUCGACGCGUACGUCCGGAUCGCGGAGCGGCUGGUCAAAGUCACAUCCGCAUCCGCAUCCGCCGACUCGCCCGCCGCCGUCGCCGCAGACAUCCACGUCCGCCUCUCCGCCCUUCGCGACGAGUGCGCCGCCGCGUUGGCGCGCGAGCUGCACCUGGCGGACCUGCGCGAGCUGCAUCGCCGUGUCGGUGCGAUGACGGCGGCCGCGGGGGUGUCGGGGGCAGCGCUCGCGGAGCAGUUGGGUUGUUUGGAGGGGGGGAGGCGGUUGGUGCGGAUGGGGCCGUUGGCGUGCAGGGUGGGCGGGAAGGGGCCGUGGAGGGGGUGCAGGGGAGUGGUGUUGGAUAAUUGGGUGGUGUUUGGGCGGUGGGAGGUCAAGGGAUGUGUUGUUGGGGGAGGAGGGGGAAGCGGCGGAGGAGGUGGGGAUGGUGGGACGGGGACGGGGAGGUGGGGGAGGAAGGGGAGUGGGGGGAGCGGAGGGGGUGGUGGGAACUCGGGCUCGGGGGGGUUGUGGGUCGAGAAGCCACUUCCCGUCCGGGGGAUCGAAUGCUCAAUCUCCGGGUCGCUGCGUAAACCCGCAAAGGCUGGUGUCAUGGACGAGCUGCCGAGGGGCACGGAGCUGUAUCCGUUCUUCGUGCAGGCGGAAGGAGUCGUCCAUUUGCUCGCUGCGUCGACGGAAGGGGAGAGGAGGAAUUGGAUGGAUGCGGUCAUGUCGGUUCGGACCAGCGGAUGA